AUGGCUCAGCACCUGGACGCCUUCUUCGAAGAGGAUCCAACUCUUAGCUACGGGACAAAGGAGUUGUUCUACAGCGCCGCAGGGGAGACGGAGCUCAUCGUCAGGAUCACAGACUUGGGCUUCUCAGACGAUGUGACUACCAAAGGCAUGCCGCGGCUUCAUACAUCCUUGUCAUUGGUAGACAGCAUCCUCAGCGGCGGAUUUGUGACGAUCAGCGACCCCAUACUAGCGUGGCCAAAUCCGAAGACUAAAGACAAGGCUCACUGGUGGCUAUCGUACGUCAGGGGCCACGCCCGAGCAUGCGCCGCCAUCGUCAGGUGCAUCACUAUUUACAAGAAGUUUGGUAACGUCGAGAAGCGUUUGGACGCUGGAGGCCAAAGUUUGUUGGUAUAUUUGAGAGCAGUCCGUGUUCGUUGCCAUGAUGUUGCUCCAGACAUGAUGUCGGUUGCCUUCGAGAGCGCACUUUUAGCCCACCGCGGAAGCAUUCGCAAAGCUCAUGAUGUGCUCAGUUGGAUCCAGAAGCUCGAGAAGGUGUCUGUGGCCACAGGCUGGUCAGAAGACGAAGUAUUGACCAAGUGGAACCAGGGGUGCCCUUCGGACGCCCAGGUGACUGGAGCCAAGAAGGUGUGCUGUCUCAACAUCCUCAGGUCUGUCGACAAGGAAGGCCGUACUCUCCUCCUGGACCACGCGUCGAAAUACGGUGAGAACAGCGCAUUCCAAGAUGAUGCGUUCGCGUCCAAGAAGAUACUUGCAGGGUACAAGCCGCGCAUUGGGUCAGUGAAGUGGACCCGGCUGCUGACUGUCACGCACGAGUCGUUCAGGGCCAUGAUGAUCGCCGUCAUCAGUAGACACGAAGCAGCGCCAGAGGCAGCACGCACCAAAAUCUCAAAGGCCAACCUUGAGAAGAUCAGCGAGUUGUCAGCGUUGGCACAUGCCAUCAUUAUGGACGCCAUCGCCCAAUACCCGCAGAUUCCACAUUCCGACCUCUCCGAUGGGUUCCUCGCGCCCUUUGCGGAGGGCGACCCCGACAUCACCCUAUCGCUUGAGACUGCCAUCAUGCAGAAGGAGGCCAACUUUAGCGUCACAUAUAUUCCCGAGCUCAAGGAGUUGACCAUAUCGCUAACCGCUGGCGCACCUGGCGGUGAUCCGCCAAAGGCUGCGGCGUUGAAGAUGGAAUCGGCUGAGCGUGAGAAACAAGAGUUUGAGCUGUUCAAGAAUCGUGUCCGCCACGAUGUCAGCGUGGCCAGCGCCUACAUCGGCAAAGCUCGCGAUCGCGAGACGGCCAUGUACUACAAGACAGUGCAGCACCGUGUCUGGCGAGCCCAGGAGGCCGAGUCUGCGGCACAGUCGUUGUUUGAUCCCUCUCACGUGAAUUGCAAGAUCACCCUUGUCACGUCGGCAGACCAAAAAGCUGUGACAAAGGCGGUUGGGCGAGUGAAAGAGCAAUUAGCCAAGAACGCCCUGACGUCGAACACCUCUGUCAACACGUUUGCGCGCGUCAAUUGGGCGGCGAUGUCGCUAUUCAAUGCGAAGACCACCAAGGCACAGCACGCGUUGUUGGUUGAGUUCGUUCGCUCCGACGGCCCGGCAAUCGGGAUGGAUCCAGUCAUUGCAUGCGGCGCGGAGCUCUGCACCAAGGAUAUGGUCACUGUGGAAGAUGCCGCGAUGGAGGCGUUGCCUGCGACAAUCGAGACGGACACGCACGCCAGCCAAGGAGAGAAACCUCACCAGCUUGGCGUGCCAGCUGACCUCCGCGUGCUCAACGCAACGCUUUCAGGUCUCCCAGGUGAUCAACGGGGGGCGACGAUGGUGAUCGACUUGUCCUUGCACACCGCUGACAUGCUGAAGGCGUUCAUCGCGUUCAGCGAGACUUUCGGGCAGCAAGUGGCAUGCGUCGGCAUGUGCGCAGACGAGAUCUCCGUCGACUUCUGCAAGGCUGAGGGUACUCAUUCCACCAAACAACGCAUGUUAGCAGGCGACAUGAAGGUGCCCCACUUCAAUGUUCCGCCAGCUGAGGUGCCGUCUGAUAGCCAGUCGCCAGAGAUUGCCCAGCCGCAGCUCGUUGCCAUGCGCUGGGCCCGCGACCGCCCGACGAUUGCCGAAGUCGACCUGCUGAAAUGGAGCGGACACGAGGUCACUGCGGCGCAGUUUUCAGACAUGGUGGCGACGCUUGAGUUUGAAACUGGGUUCGACCUCGUAAAGGACAAGGACAAGGACAAGGGGGAGACAGACAAGGGUGACAAGGCAGCUUCGCCUGGCAAGACAGGUGCCGACCCAGCGGAGCGCCCAGCAGAGGUCGCUCGGACGACAGAGCCUGAUACGUUCAUCGACGAAUCGACCAUCGCUACUCAGAUCAUCCACGACGUCCCGCUCACUUCCAUCAAUGGCAAGACGGGGGAGCUCUAUCUACGCGUGUGCGUGCACAACGAGAUGUGCAUCGUCAACAAGGGCGCAGAGGCAGCAAAGGUGUCGCAAGGCGCCAUGCUGGCUGGUUUCUCAAAAGGGAAGUGGACGAAUGACAUGCUUGAGGACAAGCCCGAGAAGCACAUCAAGUUCGAGCUGGCCGAUUGCGACAGUCUCGUCGUCUUCAACGCUCGGAUGUGUCGCGUCGAGGCGCUUGUGAGUGAGAAGCGUUUGACAGAAAGUGCAGAUGAGACGAGAGUGUGCUACCACAGCCUCGUGGAGAGCCCGACGGACGACGACCGCGCAGCCUUCAAGCUCAACGUCUCGCAGACAGUAUACUAUCGCUUGGCCGACGAGGCCGUCAAGGAGGAGGACAACGCUAAAGCUCCUUCUCAGAACAACGUGGGCGGGACCAUGCCGGCAACAGCGCGGGGCACCAAGAACGCAGGCAUAUGUUGGGUCAUGCAGUGGCGCAAGAGGAAGGGCUUGCAACCCGCUCGCCCGCAGGUGUGCUGGAAGGCAAGCGACAUCGACAUCUUGCCUGGCAAGGCGUUGAAGCUCAUCCAGUGA